UAGACUUCCAAUAUCAAUAAUACCUCCACACUUGCUUCCUAAAAUCCUCUCUAUUUUCAGUCAUCUCUUCCUCUUUGUUCCAUCACUUGUUCUUUUAACGUUAAGAAUUCUUUCAAUAAUUCUGUGAUCGAGCGAUAAAUAUUCUUUCAUACGCUUUAGUAGCCAUGCCUGAAUCACUAUUAGCUGGAGAGAGGUUCCGCAUUGGCUACGCUCUUGCACCCAGAAGUGUUAGCAGCUUCAUCCAAGAUUCUCUCGUUGUUUACGCUGAAAAACAAGGCGUUGAUCUCAUCCCAAUCGAUCUCGAAAAGCCAUUGAUCGAACAAGGUCCGUUCGACUCUGUUUUCCAUAAGCUCUACGAUGCAGAAUGGAAGAAGCAAUUAGAAGAAUUCUCACUUCAAAACCCGACUGCAAUCAUAGUCGACCCGAUUGAAUCAAUCGAGAAGCUCCACAAUCGAGUCUCCAUGCUCGACGCAGUUACGCAAUUGAAAAUUGAAAACCUAGAAAUUCCCCUGCAGGCUUUCGUUGACUCAAACGAAAGCCCGCAGGAUGAAAUUGAUAAUCAGGGGAUGAAAUUUCCCCUGAUUGCAAAAGCGAUGAUCGCUAAUGCUACAGCUGACGCUCAUCAGAUGUGUCUAGUGUUAAAUCGAGACGGAUUAAACGGAGUAAAAACCCCAGUUGUAUUACAGGAAUUCGUAAACCACGGGGGAGUGAUUUUCAAGGUGUACGUAGCAGGGGAUCACGUAAAAUGCGUGAAAAGGAAGUCAUUGAGUGAUAUAACCGAAGAGAAAUUGGGGAAUUCAGAGAAUUUGAUUCCGUUUUCCCUGAUUUCUUACUUCGCUGAUAAUGAACAGAGCGAUGAGAGUUUAGCGAAGCUGAUGGAGGCAGCGAUUAUGCCUCCAUCAAGCUUCGUUAACGAAGUUUCAAAGCAGUUACGACAUGCUUUGAAACUUCAUCUUUUUAAUUUUGACAUGAUAAGAGAUAGUGAAAACGGAAAUCGAUAUCUAAUUAUUGAUAUCAAUUAUUUCCCUGGUUAUGCUAAAGUGCCUGAAUAUGAAGAAAUGUUGACUCCAUGUUUUCUUGAUUUAGCACACCAAAAGCGCAGCAAAGAGACUGCUAAUAUUGACCAUAAAGUGGACAAUUAAUAUUUUUCUCAUGUUACAUUAUGUUAAGUUGAUUUGUACUGAUUAAGAUUAUUGGGCUUAUUUGCAUUUAAUGUCAACAUUUGGGACUAUUGAGGAUACUCCUCCGUGUCUCUGUUUACUUGUCAAAUAUUCAUUUCGUCUAUUCUUAUUUA